GCAGUCAUAACUCAUAAUAAUCUCUUUAAUUUGUGCAAAACCAAUGGCCAAGUUAGCUCCAGCCACAUUAUUUCUCUCUCUAAUUGUUCUUAUUCUUGCAACAGGUGCGUUUUCACGUGACACGAACCCUGCUUUGGUGUCUCCCGAUGAUCUAAAUACGACGUCGUAUGGAGAAAUUGGAUUGCAGGCCAAACAAUGUGUCGGGAGUUUCGGACCUUGCGAUAAACUCUGCGAUGAGGCCUGCUGCUUUGAUCUUUGUCGGAGUGCAUACCGCGACCUUCAUCCACGCCCUGUAUGUGAAGGAGACCCAAAAUUUUGUGUAUGUUAUCAUGAUUGUUAUUAGAUAAUAAUAAAAAUUAUUUUCAUUGAUAUUAUUGUUUUUUAUUAUUAUUAAACAUUUCUACUUUUACUAGCAAUAUAUGUACCUAAAAAUUCUAAAACAUUAAUUACGUCCUCAAUUGUAGAUGGUUUCUUGAUACCCA